AUGGAUGAAGAUUUAGAUAAAGAAAUAGCAGCAUAUUCCUUACAAAACUCCUCAGAAGCAUUGCUUUCUAUUCAGCUACUAGAUUUCAAAACAACUUUUCUGGAGGCAGUAGAAGAACUGCGUAUGAGAAGGGAUUCAGAAAAUCAUUAUGAGAAAGAAAUUAGCAGGCAUGUUGCUGAAAAACAGGACCUUGUAUGGCAAAAGGAAGCUAUUGAUCAUGAGAAAGAAGCAUUAAAGCAGCAGCAUGUGGAAGCCAUUACAACUUUAAAAAAACAGUUUCAAGCAAAAAUGAUUGUUAUGGAAGAAGAAAAGGGAAAACACCUGCUUGUUGUGGAAUCAAAAGAAAGAGAAAUGGAAGGACUGAAAGAAACAUUUAAAAAAUUACAGAUUUCAAAAUACACUUUACAAAAGAAGCUUAAUGAAAUGGAACACAAGAUGCAGUUGCACAAUUCAGCAAAGGAGGAUUAUCAGAAAAGACUGAAUGAAUUUGAAAAAUGCCAUGCAGUUAUAAUGCAUCAAUUUGAAAUAAUAAAAGGUGCUCAUGGGAAAUUAGAGAAAAAUGUUGUGGAAGCAAUUCAACUCAAUAAGAACUUGUCAGCAGUUAAUACAAGACAAGAGUCUGAGAUAAAUAACCUAAAAAAGGAACUGAAGAAAGUUACAUCAGAUGUGAUAAAGUCCAAGGUCACUUGUCAGUAUAAAGUGGGAGAAGAUCUCAGUCUAAAAGCAAAGGAACAGGAGCUACAAAUACUACGGCAAAAAAAUUCAGUGCAGGUAGAUUUAAAUGGAAAAAUCACUGAAGAAAUUGCAAGACUUAAAGAAGAGAAACAGGAGAUUAUGGCUUCUCUACAACAUAUGCAGCAACUGCUCUGCAGACAGACUGAAAGAAAUACCAGAAUUGAGGUGGAGUUGAAUAAACUAAAAGAAGCAUAUCAGACCCUUGAAAGAGAUAAUGAGCUGCAAAGGGAGAAUGCAAAAGAAAAUGAAGAAAAGUUCUUUAAUCUUCUGAAUGAAUAUGAGAAAGCACAAGCAACUUGGAAAAAUGAGGCAGAAAGCAUAUCUAACAAAAAUCAAAUCCAUAAAGACCAAAAAGAUGAUAAGUAUACACAAACUACAAUGGAAAUUUUUAAUGAACAAAAAGAAAAUGGAAUAAACGAUAAUCUGCAGACAGACAGUGGUAUAAACAUAGGGAAAGAGCAUCCAGAAUAUUUUGAAGAUUUUGCAUAUUCUAUUGAGCAUCUGGAUGCUGAUGUUGCAAAUGAAUGUAUUUCUGAGAAUACUGAAAAUAUCAACAAUACAAUUCAUGAGGAAGAUUACUUGACAAAUAAAGAAAUCAGUAAAGAGCCUAAACAACAAAUUAAAAUUACUUGUGAGAAAACUGCAAAUAACCAUUUGAAAUCUGAAAUGGAUUCUGUGUUGUUACAAGCGAUAAAUGCAGUAUUCCAUGAUGGUGGUUUGGAUGAGUAUGAUACCAGUAAAGCAGAAAAAACACCACCAAAACAUAGCAUACCCUCCAGUAAGAAUACAGGAGUAAAUAUGCAUAUUAAUGAGAACAUUAAUAAUUUACUUCUGAUAAGAACUUUAAGUAUUGAAAAUUCAGCUAGAGAUAUAAAUGAAAUGCCAAGCAAACACUUUGAUAAAUACAGUUCCAGGUUGAAAGAAGCGAAUACAAACAAGGUUUUGCUCCUGGACUCUGAAAAUAUAUAUGAAUCUGAAAUUGGAGGCAUGAAAGUUAACAAAGUUGCCAAAGUUAAACAGAGACACUUCCAUACUUCCAAAGACAAUAGUGAGCAAUUUACUGAAUUUUUUAAUGAAGAGAAGGUAUUGCUUACAGAAAGAGAAAAAUCAUUGAAUACAGUUAUGAGGAAAAUAACUGUGGAAGAAAGCACGAAAAAAUCACAUUCCUUGCUCAUGAAGACAACAGAAGAUUUAAUAAACAGAAAUGGAAGGCUGUCCUUUGACCUUCCAGUUAUGGAUGAAAAAACAGAAUACUUAAAUUUAUCAAGAUGUCAAGAUGAAGUGCAAAUAAUGCCUCUCUUUUUGAAAGAAAGCCCACUCUCACAAGAAAUAAAUGCUGAGAGCUCAAGAAAAAUUGAUGAGGCUAUAAACUUGAGUACUGAUGUAAGAGAAGAAACACCAGUUUCCGCCUGCAGUAGUAGAAUUGCUGACUCCUUGAAUACCGGAACUAUUAAUCCAAUCCCCAAGAGAAAUUCCAGUGAAGAAUGGAAUGCAAUAGCAAAGAGUUUUUAUGAUCCUUCUUUUCCCACAGAACAUGCCACAACAGAGAUUCUAUUACAGCCACAAAUGAAGUCAAUACAGCUUCUGCUUUCUGAAGUCAAUACAGCUACCGCAAAAGAGCACUUACAGGCCACUGAAGAAAAAGACUGGAAUUCACAGAAUGUCUUCAUGAAUACCCAAAUCAGUAAAACUGGAAAGUGGCUGUAUUUAGAAAAGCUCUGCCAGUCCAGAAAGAGAAAGUAUGCAUUUUUGGAAAAAGAAGUAGCAUCAGGAAAAACAGAAAUGUAAUUGUUACUAAAUGUAUGUCCUCUGCUGUUCUUAUGCUUCUGUUAUAUUUAGUGUUAAAAAUAACAUGAAAUUAAUACUUUGAAGUUGGACUGCUCUGAUAAAUCUCAAAAAUCCUUAAUUUCUCUCCAUUCCCCAAGUGGGGAUUGACUGUUGGGGGUAUGUGUGUUUCUUUUUAAAAUUUUCUCUCCCACUGCUGCUCAUUAGAAGGAUGUAACUGCAAUCAACGUGAAGAAAUAAAUGUAAAUCAGUUCUCAAGCUAAUCUAUAUUUUCAUAGUUCAGAAUCCUAAUACAGUCUCUUUGGAGCUUUCCAAACUUAGAAAGAACCAAUAUAAUUAGAUACCACAGAAUAUCAUUAUUUUAAAAAAAUUGUAGAGUUGUUAAUAAAAUCAACCUGCUACUUUUUCCUUUUCCAUUUUAUAUCAGAAUACCUAUUACUGAGAUUAUAAAAGCUGAAUUCAUUACUUCUUCUGCUGUUACAUUUACACAUGUCUGUAAGUCAGUUUAAUGCCUUAAAAUCCAGUUGUUGUUUUGGACAUCAAUAAAGAAAUCCACAGAAUUAAGCUGAAUUGUUUAUUGUCAUCAAAUUUCA